AUGCCUCUCGCGAAAAACCCUUUCAUUACUGUCAUCAUGCCACUAGCAUACACGGAUCACCUCUUCAUGAGUAGCAUCCUUGCCGCAAUAGCAGGAAAUACUACCGGUAUGCUGCGUCAACAUAUUCGCGCUGCUCGAGAGUUCAUCUCACACCUCCUCUUGCGGCCUAAAGAUGUUGGCGUAGACGCUGAGAGCCUCGACCUUGGCCUUGAGCUAUAUGUAUACAUACACAUGGUUAAUCCCUUUACCUCAUAUGGACCUGAUUCGACAAGGAAUGCCCUCGAUGUUCCAUUGGUCACCAUACUCGACAACCUACAGACUUGCUGCAUUUUCGAACGCAUGUUUGAUGGUUGCUACUCGCUCUUUGAGUUUAUACCACAAGUUGAUGAACUUGCAAAAUACCGUCUAAGAGAAGAGUAUCUGUUUCCGGGAGAUUCGUCAGCCAGUGAAGUGCUUGUCGAGAGAUUCUGUGAGUUACAGCAACGCAUUGAAGGCUGGAAUCUCAAGCCACCGCGGUCGGCAACACAGAGCGAGUGGGAUACAAUGUUUGUGGCGUCUGAGGCUACUCGAUCCUCGUUGCUUAUAUACCUACAGACUGCUUUGCCCGAAUUAGUAGUCCGAAGAAAAGAGCCUCAGGAAACUAUCCAAGAGCACGUAGAUAGAGCUUUACGGCUGAUAAACGCGACCGUGAACUCUAGAUAUAUGACACUGACGUUUUGGCCAACGCUUGUUGUGGGGUCGUGUGUGGUUCAGGAUGCUCAGAAGAAUUUCAAAUCGCAACGUUCUCCCGAGCACAGGUAA